AUGUCCUUCAACAGCCUCUACCAGUUCCAGCUAUGUACCCUCAUCUUAGCAAGCCAAGUCAGAGCUAAUUUCUGGCUCAACCAGCUUGACAGUUAUGACUCCCUACCAUACUGUGCCGAAGGCCCCAUCAGCAGCAUCGUCCGAGACAUGGUCUCCGAGUGUGGCGAUGGCGGUAGAACCACCUCGUACAGCUGCUUCUGUACACGGAGCUCUUCCAAGUUCGAGAACAUCAUUGCUACCGCCGUCGCCAAGGAGUGCUCUCACUGGGGAACUGAGGCUUCCAGUGCCACGAGUAUCUUCCAUGAGUACUGCCAGCUUGGUAACGGUGUCCUGGCGAGCACUGCCGUAGAAGAUCUUCCGACCGUCACAAGUGGUCUAUCAUCUCGGACGUCACGUACAAGCAGCACUGCACAGCCAGAAGAAACGGAAGCCUCGACGGCUUCAACUACACCAACUUCCAAUGACCUUCACAUCGGUUCCAAGAUAGCCAUCGGGGUAUCAGUUCCAGUUGGUGUCAUAUCUCUGUGUGUUGUCGGGUUCCUUUACAUGAGACGCAGACAGAGAAGACGUAAAGUCGACGGAGGUGACGCUGGGCUAGAGCAAAAGGUCACUCCCAAUCUUUAUGCAAAGGCCGAAAUGGAUGGAAAUUCCAAGCCUGUGGAGCUGCCGGCGUCUGAGGCUAGACUUCAGCCCGAGGAGAACCGAGAUGUUUAUGAAGCGAGGUAG